AUGAGUAAAACUCAGUGUCAGAAAUCUAUAAAAACCGGGAAACUUGAUCAAUGUGAAUUAUUUGUACUUAAUAUCGACGAAUACAAAAAUAUAGAUCGAUUUAAUGGCUUUUUUGAUUGUCCAAAAUCAAUAAGAGAUAAUCUAGAUUAUAUUGUUCUUUUUAAUGGAUCAGGUACUUACAAUGAUCUGAUUAAUAUUACCCGGAGAUAUACAAAAAAAUGGCGUAAUGCUGUUGAUAUACUUGAUAAAAAUUUACAAGGCUGGGAAUUUAUUGUAAUUGAUUUAACUAAAGCAAAAGAAGAUCCUCUAUACAUCCGGAAAGGAUGGGAUUCACCUUUGGGACUUAAUAUUAAUUAG